AGUGCCCCAGCUGGCUGGCUAGCUGCAGAGAGAAGAUGGCUGCAGAGGGGAUUUUCAGGCCAGUGUCUGAAAACAGAGCGCUGUUUGUCAUGUUGAACGACGACUAGCCCCAGCGUGUCACCCCGGUUGUUGUGUCGGUCGGUUCCGCCUGGAUUCGUCGGAGGGGAUAAAACAACAUGGGGUCGCAGACUUUGCAGAUUCUGAGGCAGGGGGUCUGGGCUUCAAUCACAGGCGGAUGGUACUACGACCCCGAUCAGAAUACGUUCGUCAACGCUUUACAUCUCUACAUCUGGCUCUUUCUGCUAUGUUUCCCCUUCACGCUGUACAUGGCCCUACCGCCAACCAUGGUGAUAGUUGGAAUCUACUGUGGUGUGAUUGCUGCCAUGUUCCUGCUGCUGAAGACGGUGAAUUACCGCCUCCACUAUGCCUUGGAUGAGGGGGAGGUGGUGGAGCAUCAGGCUAAGGAGAAUCAGGGGAACAGAGGUGGCACAGAGGGGGCUAUUGAUGGAGGCGUGACCCGAAGGGAGGACAGCAAUGGCCCAGGGGACCCUGGAGGGGGUAUUGAGAUGGCAGACUUCAUCCGACAAGAGACUCCACCAGUGGACUGCAGUUCCAGGAACUCCUAUAUUGGGAUGGAGUCUAACCAGCAGAUAGCAUCUUCACAUCGAAGAGCAACAGUUGCCAAAGGAGAUUGUGGAAGGACCUCAGAUGACAUUAGUUUGACUCUUGUUGAGAGCUGUAGUCAUGAUCAUGAUCUGCUCUCAGACACAAAGAUGUACUGCCUCGUUCCCAAUGAUUCCUUCGCCUCCUUGCAGCCGUCAACCUCCUUGUGUCCUUCAGAGCUGUCCAGGGAGCCUGCUGAUCUCUGUAACUCUGCUGCUUAUCACUUCAGCCUGUCACACUCCUCCUGUGACACGGAGGUGACCUCUCAUUCAUCCAUGCAAUCUCAGACCUUCAGGAAGGAGCUCCGUUCUCGAGGUCUGCCACGGACCUCUAGCUCGGCAGGUUCCGCUUUCCCUGACCCGAGUCUGCCAGACUUUGCUCUGUAUCCUCCACCCAGAAGAGGUGGCCUUGACCCUGUGUGUGAGCUGGAGACUGCCAGACCACACAGGCCAGGGCUGUGUGACAGAGAGGGGACAGACCGCCUGCACCAGCAGGACCAAGCUGUGCCCUCGACUUCUGGAGUAGAGUGCUACAGACACAAAGAGCAACGCAGGGUUGCUCGCUCAGCCUCUAAGGAAGCAGGGGAGAGUAGCUCAGGACUAUACCAGGUGGAAGGGAGUGGUGGUGGAAAAGCCUCUGGUGGAGGAGCAAAGUCCCAAGGAGGGGAGCGAAGUGCCGAUAGCCUGAGGAGUCUGAGUACUCGCAGUAGUGGUUCCACUGAGAGUUACUGCAGUGGCACAGACAGAGACACCAACAGCACUGUCAGCAGCUUCCACAGUGAACAGACCAGCUCUACACAUGUGGAGAGCCUGCUGUCACUUUCAGGGGAUGAACGUGCACGGGAAACGGGAGAGACAGUAUCUGCUCCUGCAGACGACAGGACUUCUAGUAUUAGCCCUCGAAGUCUCGGUAAUCUUCCCUCCAGGGAAGCCAAUAAAAACCCACAUGCUAAUGAGCUGACUGCUAAACAAACUGUGGACACUCAGUCAUCUGCAACCCAAGAACUGGUGGAACCUGUCAAGUGUGCCGAAGAGCCUGGCAUCAGGACCAGUGCUGAUGGCUCAACAGGUGUAGCUGUCACAGAGCAGGAGCAGGUGAAAGACAACGUUCAACCAAACUCAGCUAACAUUGUUCAGAGGACUUCUUCUCUAUCAGCGGGUCGCAGUGGACGCCGGCGGACUGGAAAGAAAAGAGCAAGCAGCUUUGAUGCCAGCCAUCGCCGGGAUUACAUCUCUACACGUGCUAUGGCCAAGCCCUGUAGUGCUGUAUUCACUGGUGGUGGAGAGGAUGAUUCCAGUGAUCAGAGUGAACUCAGCUGUGCCUCCAGUCUCCGCUCCACCAAGCACCUAAGCACGGACAGCUCAUCUAGCACCACCUCCCGCUCCUGCCACUCACCAGAGAGCCACUACAGGGCCCUGAAAGCCAAGCACAUUUCAGCCAACGCCUCCUCCUCCUCUUCCACCACAGUAAAACCUGAGACAGGAGUUCGAAAUGGAGGGAAGCGGCGUACCUCCCGCCGUACUCCAAGCACAGGCAGUGCCAAAACGCAUGCCAGAGUGUUGAGCUUAGACAGCGGUACGGCUGCAUGCCUUAAUGAUCCCACCCACCUAGGAGCUCCAGCAGGACCUCGACCUCUUACCACCUCCAAGUCAGAUUUGGAAGCCAAAGAAGGGGAAGUCCUGGAUGCGGCAUCCCUGCUGGGUCGGGCCUCCCAGCUGGAAUCGGUGACCCGCUCCAGAAACAGUCUGCCCAACCAGGCAGCUUUCGCUGAGCCUCAGGAUGCUAAUGCUGCUUCCCUGCGGGCCCCAGGAAGUGAGGAGACGGUCAUAUUUCGCCGCGAACGUAGCACAUUUCGUCGGCAGGCUGUGCGGCGGCGACACAACGCAGGGAGUAACCCCACCCCACCCACCUCCCUCAUUGGAUCUCCUCUCAGUCUUCAGGAGGCUCUCAGCCAGGCCUCCCAGCCUUCUACUUCCCAGGUGAAAAGUCAGCCAUCCAGAACCUCGUCCCAGGUUACAGUGCUGAGCGCUAGCGCGUCCCUGCUGGCCAGGAAUGGAAGCGCACACCUGGAGGGUUCUCAGGACAAGGCCUCAACUGUUGGUGCCACCAGCUUGCAGGAGGACUUCGGAAAGCUCACUCCCUCUUUAUAUGAGGCUGGCGGAUGUGAUAUGUCGCUGGUCAAUUUUGAACCUGCAACCAGACGAGCCUCCAAUAACAUAUGGGAUACGGACUCCCACCUCUCCAGUUCUACCUCAGUUCGCUUUUACCCUCAUGACCUGAUCUCCCUCCCUCAGAUCCGUUUGAACCGUCUGCUGACUAUGGACCCAGAGCUGCUGGAACAGCAGGACGGAGAUCUGAGUCCAGAGCUCCAGGAUGCACCACUGGGACAAGAGGAUCCUGCGGGCUCUGCUGCAGCUGGGAAAGCGAAGCAGUACUACCGUUUGUGGCUUCUCCCCUACCUGUGGGUCGGCCUGCACUUUGACCGACUUACCCUGCUGGCGCUGUUCGACAGGAACCGUGAGGUUUUAGAGAAUGUGUUGGCAGUGGUGCUGGCUGUCCUUGUGGCCUUUCUGGGUUCAGUGCUGCUGGUUCACGGCUUCUUCACUGAUAUCUGGGUCUUUCAGUUCUGCCUCGUCAUUGCAAGCUGCCAGUAUUCCUUACUAAAGAGUGUUCAGCCAGACUCCUCUUCCCCUCGUCAUGGCCAUAAUCGUAUCAUAGCGUACAGCCGGCCUGUCUAUUUCUGCCUGUGCUGUGGCCUCAUUUGGCUGCUCCACUACGGCAGCCUGCGGACCACUUCCUCCCGCUUCAGCCUGUAUGGAGUCGCACUCACCAGCUCCCUGGUGCUCACCUCUGCCAGGGACCUCGUCAUAGUCUUUACUCUGUGUUUUCCCAUCAUCUUCUUUGUGGGGCUGCUGCCACAAGUCAACACGUUCGUCAUGUAUCUCUUCGAGCAGCUGGACAUCCAUGUGUUCGGGGGCAAUGCCUCUACAAGCCUUCUGUCAGCACUGUACAGCAUCCUGCGCAGCAUCGUCACUGUCGCUCUGCUUUACGGCUUCUGCUACGGAGCUCUGAAGGAGACCUGGGAGCCUCAUCACAUCCCUGUGCUAUUUUCUGUAUUCUGUGGCCUCUUGGUGGCAGUGUCUUACCACCUGAGCCGGCAGAGCAGUGACCCCUCUGUCCUCCUCUCGCUGGUACAGUCCAAGAUUUUACCCAAUUUAAGAGACAAAAAUCCAGAAGACCCCCUGUCAGAGGUACAGGACCCUUUGCCAGAGAAACUUAGGUCUUCAGUGAAUGAGCGUUUGCAGUCCGACCUGAUCGUCUGUGUGGUCAUUGCUGUCCUUUACUUCGCCAUCCACGUUAGCACAGUAUUCAUAGCGCUGCAGCCUUUCCUCAGUUAUGUCCUGUAUGCUCUGCUGGGGACGGUGGGGUUGCUCACCCACUACCUGCUGCCUCAAGUUCGCAAGCAGCUACCCUGGUACUGCUUCUCUCACCCUCUUUUAAAAACCAAGGAGUACUACCAGUUUGAAGUCAGGGAUGCAGCCCAUGUAAUGUGGUUUGAAAAGCUGCACGUGUGGCUGCUGUUUGUGGAAAAGAACGUUCUCUAUCCACUCGUUAUUCUCAACGAGCUCAGCGGCAGCGCCAGAGAGCUGGCCAGCCCGAAAAGACUCGACACCGAAAUCGGCGCACUGAUGAUCACAGUGGCAGGCCUGAAACUGCUUCGCUCCUGCUACAGCAGUCCUACCUACCAGUAUGUGACGAUCCUCUUCACUGUCCUCUUCUUCACCUUUGACUACCGUCAUCUGUCGGAGACGCUGUUGCUUGACCUCUUCCUGAUGUCUAUCAUUUUCAGCAAGAUGUGGGAGCUGUUCUAUAAGCUGCACUUUGUUUACACCUACAUCGCCCCCUGGCAGAUCACGUGGGGUUCAGCCUUCCACGCCUUUGCUCAGCCCUUUGCCGUGCCUCACUCUGCCAUGCUGUUUGUCCAGGCUGUAGUGUCAGCAAUCUUCUCCACCCCCCUCAAUCCCUUUCUGGGCAGCGCCAUUUUCAUCACUUCUUAUGUCCGCCCUGUCAAGUUCUGGGAGAGAGACUACAACACUAAAAGAGUGGAUCACUCAAACACUCGACUGGCCUCUCAGUUGGACAGAAAUCCAGGCUCUGACGACAACAAUUUGAACUCCAUCUUCUAUGAGCACCUGACCCGCUCCCUGCAGCACAGCCUCUGUGGAGACCUCCUCUUGGGCCGCUGGGGAAAUUUCAGCACCGGGGACUGUUUCAUUUUGGCUUCUGACUACCUGAACGCGUUGGUGCACCUCAUAGAAAUUGGCAACGGCCUUGUUACCUUUCAGCUUCGAGGGCUGGAGUUCAGAGGAACUUACUGCCAGCAGAGGGAAGUCGAAGCCAUCACUGAAGGGGUGGAGGAAGAUGAGGGCUGCUGCUGCUGCGAGCCAGGCCAUCUCCCUCACAUCCUAUCCUUUAAUGCUGCCUUUGGGCAGCGCUGGCUGGCGUGGGAGGUGCUGGUCACCAAAUAUGUUCUGGAGGGCUACAGCAUCACUGAUAACAGCGCUGCCUCCAUGCUGCAGGUGUUUGAUCUACGCCGCAUCCUCACCACCUACUAUGUCAAGGGUAUCAUCUACUAUGUGGUUGCUUCUCCUAAACUGGAGGAAUGGCUGGCUAAUGAGACCAUGAAAGAUGGCCUGCGGGGAUGUGGAGAGAGGAACUAUGUCGAUCUGGAUCCCACUUUCAAUCCCAACAUUGAUGAGGACUAUGACCACCGGCUUGCGGGCAUCUCCAGGGACAGUUUCUGUGGUGUCUAUCUGGGCUGGAUCCAGUACUGCAACUCCCGAAGGGCCAAGCCACUGGACAGUGAGAAAGACUCGCCUCUGGUGCUGCUCUGCUUUGGACUGUGUGUGCUGGGAAGGAGAGCUCUGGGAACUGCAGCCCAUCAUAUGUCCAGCAAUCUGGAGUCCUUCCUUUAUGGACUUCAUGCUCUUUUCAAAGGAGAUUUUCGCAUCUCUUCAGUGCGAGACGAGUGGAUCUUUGCAGACAUGGAACUGCUCAGGAAAGUUGUGGUGCCUGGUAUCCGAAUGUCUCUCAAACUACACCAGGACCACUUCACGUCCCCCGACGAGUACGAUGAGCCAGCAGUUCUUUUCGAGGCCAUCUCCUCUCACCAGCAGAACCUGGUCAUCGCUCACGAGGGGGACCCUGCCUGGAGGAGUGCCGUGCUGUCAAACGCCCCGUCGCUCCUAGCUCUGCGCCACGUCCUGGACGAAGGAACCAACGAGUAUAAAAUUAUAAUGCUCAAUCGGCGAUACCUCAGCUUCCGGGUUAUCAAGGUAAAUAAAGAAUGUGUCCGAGGACUUUGGGCAGGGCAGCAGCAGGAGUUGGUGUUCCUGAGAAAUAGAAAUCCAGAGCGUGGGAGCAUCCAGAACGCCAAGCAGGCUCUGCGUAACAUGAUCAACUCUUCUUGUGACCAGCCUAUUGGAUAUCCAAUCUACGUAUCCCCGCUGACAACCUCCUACUGCAACUCACACCCACAGCUUGGACACAUCCUGGGAGGCCCCAUCAGCAUCGGAAACAUCCGCAACUUUAUUGUCAGCACCUGGCACAGGUUUGCUGGAUUUCCUAUUGUGUUGUUCUUCUCUGUUGAGUAUUUCUUCUGUAUAUUUUGGGUCUGCGUUGAGAUUAAUAUGAAGAUUUCUCUUGUCAGAUUACGGAAAGGUUGUGGUGCAGGCUGUAAUAGUGGCGGAAAUAUCGAGGAUUCAGAUGCAGGGGGUUUGUCCUGCGGCAGUGGGAAUGGGACAGGUGGCGACUCUCAGCAGAGCUCAAUAUCUCAGGGGGGCACCUCAGGACCUCCCCCUCCUCACUCAUACCAGCCACACACUCUGGGCACCAGUCAAAGUUCCCAGUCGGUUCAGUCGGGUUUGGUGCGCCACUCUCCCGCCCGGGCCUCCGUGGCGAGCCAUUCGUCAUCAUACCGCUAUGGCAGCAGCCGCCACUCCUCGCUUCGCACCUCCACCACCGGCCUGGAGCCCUGUCGACGUUCCUCUACCAGCCAGCUGUCUCUACGCACGCUCCCUACAUCUCUGCAGCUCCGGCUGGGCUCGACCUCUGAUCCCACUGGCCCUUCGGCCUCCCUCUCCAGCCACAGCAUACCUCCCUGCAAACGCCACACACUGGUAGGCCUACUGGGCAACGAUGGCCUCUGCAACACCGUGACAGACCCCCUCAGCCAGCACCAUCACCAUCAUCAACACCUACAGCAACACAACCCCACUGUCUCCACAGUACGGAGAGAUGACAUCUCCUACAGAGUGCAGAUUGUGGACGUGAGUCUGGUGCUGGAGAACAUUAACUUAUCGAAGCGGAAAGAGCUGCAGUGGCCAGACGAAACCAUGAGACUGAGAGCAGGAAGGACCUGCUGGAGAGACUGGAGCCCUUUAGAGGGCAUGGAAGGGCAUGUGAUUCACCGGUGGGUGCCUUGUAGCCGAGACCCAGCCAAUCGCUCCCAUAUAGACAAAACCAUCCUGCUGGUACAGGUGGAAGAUAAGCUAGUGCCCAUUAUUGAGACUGGGGUCAUUGAGUUGGGCGCAGAGGUUUGAGGAUAAGCAAGCACACAAACACAAACAGACACUUACACGCACACAUAUACCCCUGCGCGCUUGCGUGGAGAUGAAGUCAGACCUUCUUCUGGCUUUUAACAGGAGGCUGGAGACAAACAGGAAAUGGGAGCUCUCCCCCCUCCCCCGUUCCUUACUGCUGAGGGGGAAAGGAAGCCAGGGAAAUGUGCAAGCACAGGCAGAGUAUACAUUUAUCCAAUGCUUUCAUCGACACUCACAUCCACAAUAUCUGCCUUGCUUUGCGUCUCAGAAAUGCUGCAUGACAGUAAACAACCCUUAAGUUAGUUCUUGCUACUGGUAAUUAAUUUCUAUGCAUUUCCUUUUCUUUUUUUCUUUUGGAAAUCCUGACAGAGCUGUGUGUAAGGAGCUUGUGGAGCUCUUUCUUCUCUCUUGUUUGUCCUCUAUUUGCCAAAUAAGUUUAUUGAAUAUCUGCUAUGGAUUCAUACAUGUGAAAUCCUUAUGUUUUUUAUUUUUUGUUUUUUGCUGCCAAGACUACAAAGAAAGUUGUGGUGCAUAACUGACAGAAGUCAGAGACUCGAUGUUGUCCUCAACACCCUCUGUUUCAUUGUUGUCAUUCCGUUUGGAUUAGUUUGAAAUUUGCAAGAUUAAUUUACGCCUAAGAAAAAAAGAACUUGCACUAUAUAUAUAUAUAUAUUUUUUUUUAAUUUACAGUGAUGGACUACAAUCUUUAGAUAAAUUCACAUUUUAUUUAUUACAGAUUCUGAAUGGCCAUGGUUACAGAUGCCUUGGGAAUGGAAAGAAAAAUGCAAUCAUUAUUCUGUUUUUGGCCAUUUUUAUUUUAAUAUUUUAUGUUUGAUAAACUUGAAAAUAACUUUUUACUGUAUAUGAUUAUAUCUAUAUCUAUAUAUAUUUACACAAAUAUAUAUAUAAUUGUCAAUGUAUAAAAGAUUUUGUUUUCAAUAUUUAUUACUGUGAAUACGGUAUUUACACUUUGUUACAUCUUCUUUUUUUUUUCAUUUUGGGACAAAGAUUAAUGUACAAAGGACCAUUGGUUGAAAAUGAGAUGCCGCAAUUUCAGUGGACUGUUUCUCUAUUUAACUUAAUUCUUUUCUAUAUGGAGAAAUAAAAGUUUGAUUUAUUGCUG